GCAGGCCCCGGCACGGCCCCGCCCCUGGGCUGGCGGCCCCGCGGCGACAGGGGGCGGAGCGGCGCCAGCAGCUGGACUCAGCCCCAGAGAGCGCCCCCAGCCUGGUUCCCCGCGCCAGUCGGAGUCCGCCGUGCACUCCGUGGGACACCUGGUCAUCAGGAAUCAUGAGCAACCCAUUUGCACACCUUGUUGAGCCUUUGGAUCCUGCACAACCAGGAAAGAAGUUCUUCAAUUUGAAUAAAUUGGAGGAUUCCAGAUAUGGAUCCUUACCAUUUUCUAUCAGAGUUCUCCUGGAGGCAGCCAUUCGGAACUGUGAUCAAUUUUUGGUGAAGAAAAAUGAUGUUGAAAAUAUCCUGAAUUGGAAGGUCAUGCAGCAUAAGAACAUAGAAGUGCCCUUUAAGCCUGCCCGAGUCAUCCUGCAGGACUUUACGGGUGUGCCAGCUGUGGUUGACUUUGCUGCCAUGCGUGAUGCUGUGAAAAAGUUAGGAGGCAAUCCAGAGAAAAUAAACCCCAUCUGUCCUGCUGAUCUUGUCAUUGAUCAUUCCAUCCAGGUUGAUUUCAACAGAAGGGCAGACAGUUUAAAGAAGAAUCAAGACUUGGAAUUUGAAAGAAAUAAAGAACGAUUUGAAUUUUUAAAGUGGGGCUCUCAGGCCUUUCGCAACAUGAGGAUUAUUCCACCGGGCUCAGGAAUCAUCCACCAGGUGAAUCUGGAGUAUUUGGCAAGAGUGGUCUUUGAUCAGGAUGGAUAUUACUACCCAGACAGCCUUGUGGGCACAGAUUCGCACACCACCAUGAUUGAUGGUUUGGGUGUCCUUGGUUGGGGCGUGGGUGGUAUCGAAGCAGAAGCUGUGAUGCUGGGCCAGCCAAUCAGCAUGGUGCUUCCCCAGGUGAUCGGCUACAGGCUGGUGGGAAAUCCCCACCCCCUGGUAACAUCCACUGACAUUGUGCUCACCAUCACCAAGCACCUCCGCCAGGUUGGGGUAGUAGGCAAGUUUGUCGAGUUCUUUGGGCCAGGAGUAGCCCAACUGUCCAUUGCCGACCGAGCUACAAUUGCCAACAUGUGUCCAGAGUAUGGGGCCACUGCCGCCUUUUUCCCAGUUGAUGAAGUUAGUAUCAAGUACCUGGUGCAGACAGGUCGUGACAAAGAAAAAGUAAAGCAUAUUAAACAGUAUCUUCAGGCUGUAGGAAUGUUUCGGGACUUCAGUGACUCCUCUCAAGACCCAGACUUUGCCCAGGUUGUGGAGUUAGACUUGAAAACAGUCGUGCCUUGCUGCAGCGGACCCAAAAGGCCGCAGGACAAAGUUGCCGUGUCUGAUAUGAAAAAGGACUUUGAGAGCUGCCUGGGGGCCAAGCAAGGAUUUAAAGGAUUCCAGGUUGCUCCAGACCAUCAUAAUGACCAUAAGACAUUUAUCUAUAAUAACAGCAAGUUCACCCUUACUCAUGGUUCUGUGGUAAUCGCUGCCAUUACUAGCUGCACAAACACCAGUAAUCCAUCUGUGAUGUUAGGGGCAGGCUUGUUAGCGAAGAAGGCUGUGGAUGCGGGCCUGAGCGUGAAGCCUUACAUCAAAACUAGCCUGUCUCCUGGCAGUGGUGUGGUCACCUACUACCUGCGGGAAAGCGGAGUCAUGCCUUACCUGUCUCAGCUUGGGUUUGACGUGGUGGGCUAUGGCUGCAUGACCUGCAUCGGCAACAGCGGGCCCUUACCGGAAGCUGUGGUAGAAGCCAUCGUACAGGGGGACCUCGUAGCUGUUGGAGUACUGUCUGGGAACAGGAACUUUGAAGGGCGAGUCCACCCCAAUACCCGGGCCAACUAUUUAGCCUCUCCGCCCUUAGUAAUAGCCUAUGCGAUUGCUGGGACCAUCAGGAUCGACUUUGAGAAAGAGCCACUAGGUGUCAAUGCCAAGGGACAGCAAGUAUUUCUGAAAGAUAUCUGGCCGACCAGAGAUGAGAUCCAGGCAGUAGAGCGUCAGUUCGUGAUCCCUGGGAUGUUUAAGGAGGUCUACCAGAAAAUAGAGACUGUGAAUGAGAGCUGGAAUGCCUUAGCAGCCCCGUCAGAUAAGCUAUAUUGCUGGAAUCCCAAAUCUACAUACAUUAAAUCACCACCAUUCUUUGAAGACCUGACUUUGGAUCUUCAGCCCCCUAAGUCUAUCGUGGAUGCCUAUGUGCUAUUAAACUUGGGAGAUUCAGUAACAACAGACCACAUCUCUCCAGCUGGAAACAUCGCAAGAAACAGCCCUGCUGCUCGGUACUUAACUAACAGAGGCCUGACUCCUCGAGAAUUCAACUCCUACGGCUCCCGCCGAGGGAAUGAUGCCAUCAUGGCGCGGGGGACAUUUGCCAACAUCCGCUUAUUAAACAAAUUCUUGAACAAGCAGGCACCACAGACUAUCCACCUGCCUUCUGGUGAGAUCCUUGAUGUGUUCGAUGCCGCUGAGCGGUACCAGCAGGCGGGCCUCCCCCUCAUCGUCCUGGCCGGCAAAGAGUACGGCUCUGGCAGCUCCCGAGACUGGGCCGCCAAGGGCCCUUUCCUCCUGGGAAUCAGAGCUGUCCUAGCGGAGAGUUAUGAGCGCAUUCACAGAAGUAACUUGGUCGGCAUGGGGGUGAUCCCUCUCGAGUACCUCCCUGGGGAGAAUGCAGACACCCUGGGACUCACUGGGCGUGAACGAUACACUAUUAGCAUUCCAGAAACCCUGAAACCACGAAUGAAAGUCCAGAUCAAGCUGGAUACCGGGAAGAUCUUCCAGGCUGUCAUGAGGUUUGACACCGACGUGGAGCUCACUUAUUUCCAUAAUGGGGGCAUCCUCAACUACAUGAUCCGCAAGAUGACCAAGUAGGCCCUGGUGUCCCAGCUGCCCGGUGGCAGGAGGAAGCACAGCAUCCACAGCCCACAGGCCCUGGGUCGGCAGCGUCCCCGCCCCAGCCUCCUCCCCCGACCCUCCCCUCCACGCAGGGGUGCUGCCUGCCCAGGGCGCCCAGUGUGGAUCCUCUGCACACAGAAUCAGCAGUUUCUACAUGCUCUAUUUUUGUUAAUCUUUUUAUCUUGUUGUAGAAUUUGGGAGCUUAGAAUGGUGGGACUGUCACUUGUGCCAAGAAGGGAGAGUUGAGCCCUUUAAGGUCACUGAUCGCUGAAUGCUGAUUUUUCACUCUUAGCCUCCAGUGUUCAGGUGAACACACGUCCGUCUCCUGCCCAGUUUCUGGUUCCUCUCUGUUACCCUCUGCUCAGUGAAACCUCCCCCUUGAGAGUCCUUCGCCUCUGUGUGCGCUGACAAGGCAGAGGGGCACGUGUUCGCACGUGGUGACUAGUCCCUGCACCUCGCCCUGUCCUCCAGUGAGUGACCCAGGCACCUCGUGAGCAGCUCAGACACGGAAGUUUUUGCUUGUGUACCUUUUGACAGAUCCACACUGAAGAAAUACGGAGAUUUCUUUCAGUAGUUUCAUAAAGUUUGCCUAGAAAACUUUUCAUAUAUCAAGAGGAGAACUUUGGAGGUGGUUUUGGAGAGAGAUGCAGAACAUUUCUAAUUUGAAUAAGAUUAAAUCUAUUUUCAAGGAAAA